UAUUUUCAAUUCCAGUAUCAUUAAUCAUUGUUCCGCUGUUAAAUGCCUUGUUGAUUCAGUUAUCUUUCAUGGCUCUUUAAAAUGGAUACAACACUGAACAAAAAACUUCUGGGCUUUCGCCAAACCGCCCAAGAAAAACUCCAAAACAUUCUGUGUUCUAUUCCACUCGACAAGGAUCUCAUUAUCGAACCAGCGCUGAUAAAGCCCCUGGAAAACGUCGUAGGAGCAUCCUGGCUAAGGAAGAAUGGCAUCGAUAAAAUCUACAAAUUUGACCCGAAGAAUGCACCGCCCAAGCGGAAGCAAUUCCUGUACUUUCUCACCAGCAACCUGUUGACGUUUAAGAGUGCACUGGAUCAAAUCAGCAGCUACCAGAGUCAAACCUCGAGCAGCAUGCUGGCGGCGGAAUCGGAACGGAACAGCCGCCAGUACCAUGUAAUGGUGUUCCCACAGGUGCUGGCCAGCUUCGAGCAUCUGCUGGAGGAAGAAGGUCUCUAUGGCUAUGUGGAUUUGUACAGCUUCCAGUGGGAUUUCAUAGCGCUGGAUCAGGGAUUGCUCAGUCUGGAGAUACCGAACGUGUUUUCCGAUGUGUUUGUCCGGCGGGAUGGUUCGCUGUUGGGGUCGAUUGCUCAAAGUCUGAGAAUCUUCAACAUGGUGAUGGGGAGGCCUAAUCUGUUGUUCAGCUUUGGAGAGAACGCUGAAAAUAUUCUGGGAAUGAUGCAGAAAAUAGAAGCAGGGCGGAAGGUGAAAAGUGGUGAAACAAAGGAUGAUUCAGAUUUCAGUGCCAUGUUGAUCGUGGAUCGAGAUAGAGACUACCCGUCGUGUCUUUUGACUCCAGUUAUCUAUUCAGGCCUGUUGUUAGAAAUACACAAACACAAUUCGGGCUCGCUGACCAUCGAAUCUACGGGGAACAAAAUACAGAACGGGAAGCUGGAGAUUCUUCAAAGCGAAAAAGAAUCUAAAUUCAAACAGCAGGGUACAACAAACCUGAAAAUGAAUGGUGCUCAGGAUGUUAUCUACCAAGAGAAUAGAUAUCGUCACUUUUCGGAGGUGAUAGGCCUAUUGAGUUCUCAAGCAAAAGCGCUCGGUCUGGAAGGGAAGGCGUACUCAAAAGACAUGAAACUAUCGGAAAUGAAGGACUACGUCACUAAUAAACUACCGAAAGUGGCUGCCCAGAAGAAGGAACUUUUCAAGCAUUUGCUUCUAUGUGAAACUAUCAUGGAAGAAAUUGGAGCGAAUUUUGAAAAACUUCAACUAAUCGAAGAAAGCAUCCUAACUAAUACGAAUCGUAAGCAGAUCAUGACCUACAUUGACGAAUUGUUGGCGGCUGACGCCCACAAAUACAACACCCUUCGUCUUAUCUGCCUAUAUCACGUAACGAUAGGCCUAACAAGUGAAGACAUGACCAAGCUAAUGACCGCCUACUUGAACGCCUUCGGAUAUCACCAUCUCACCGUGUUCAACAACUUGUUCCAGGCGAAGCUAUUUCCAGAUACUACCAAUCUGACGAAAGCGAAAAUUCUCUCUCAAAUUUCCAUUCCCAUUCUCAAAACUCCAUUCCAAAUCGAAGCGAACAAGCUGAAGCAACUGCCAACGGAUACGAACGAUUCCAGCCAACCGACGGUGUCCCCCACUAGUCCAACAACCCCCUCUGGAAGCGCCAAGAAGCAGUGCCCCAGCUACGUCUUCAACGGGAACUACAUCCCACUGAUCGCUCAACUCAGCCAAAUGAUACUGAACGCAACCAGCUUCGAGGAUAUGAACAACCGCUUCGGGCACCUGGAACGGCUGAAGCUGUGCGGGAAAGAUUUCGGACCUAAAACGAUACGUGAGCUCUCUAUUACAAGCGCGAAGGCGGACGUCAACCGGUUGCUUCCGCUCAAGGUCAAAACGAUAGUGGUGUUUGUGAUCGGAGGAGUCACCUAUGCCGAGGUGGCCGCAUGUCAAUUGGUGGAGAAAUUGACCGGCGGUCGGGUUGUGCUCGCUUCGGAUGGUAUGAUAUCCGGGUGCGAUUUGUUGGAAAGUGUCGUUGAGUGUUGAAGUUGUAUUUCUAUGGAUUAGUUAUUUUUUUUUUCUAAUAAAUGAAGAUACAUUACAAAUGUUGAA